AUGUCUGCUCAGACACCAGCCGUCACGCCUUCACCCGAUAGGUCUGCUACGCCUUCCGAGCAUGGUAGUGGGAAGUUCCAAGGAAGAGUCGAAGAAAAGCAUCCUGUCUAUAUUAUUCCUCCUCUUGCGCCAGCCUUAGCCGCCCAGGAGCCUCAAAGGGUGGAGGGAGCUCUGGGCGAUGCCGUCUUGCGUUGCUUGAGAAUUCGAAAGGGCCCCAAGAAUGAACCGUUUGAUCUCGAUGCUAUUGCUACGCAACCGAGUAUAUGGGAUUCCGAAAGUGUGGAGGAGUAUAAAGAAUUAUACAUCCACCCGAAAUGGGAGAACUGGUCUGCUUUUGACCCGAAGUUCCGUUGGACGUGGAGGGAAGAGAGAGCAGUGCGACGUAAAGUUGACUGGAAGAUUAUGGUAUGGGUAUGUGUUAUGUUUUCCGCUCUGAAUAUCGAUCGACAAAAUAUCUCCAACGCCGUUUCGGACAAUAUGCUCGGCGAUUUGGGCCUCACACAAGCGGAUUAUAAUACUGGACAGACUAUCGCUCGUGUUGGUUUCUUAGUUGCCGAACUCCCGUCUCAACUCAUCUCCAAACGUAUUGGGCCGGAUCUAUGGAUCCCGAUCCAAAUUUGCCUUUUUAGCAUCGUGUCUGCUCUGCAAUUCUUCCUCAAGGGCCGGGCUUCUUUCCUUGCUACUAGAUAUUUGAUCGCAACGUUCCAAGGUGGUUUUAUCCCUGAUACAAUCCUUUACCUCAGUUACUUCUAUACCAGUACAAGACUUCCGAUUAGGUUGGCUUGGUACUGGAUGUCCUCUCAGAUGGUCGAUAUCGGGGUGGGUUUUAGCGCUGUAGGCCUUUUAUCGAUGCGAGGUAUUCUGGGCUACGCUGGCUGGAGAUGGUUGUUUCUCAUCGAGGGCGCGUUCACUUUCUUGGUUGGCCUGUUUUCGUUCUUCCUCAUGCCGCAAUGCCCAGCGAAGACGAAGAGUUGGUGGAACCCCGAAGGUUACUUCACAGAAAAAGAAGAGAAGAUUAUUGUUAAUUCAGUCAUCCGAGAUGACCCUCAGAAAGGAGGAAUGUUCAAUCGACAAGGCCUUUCAGUCAAACAGAUCUGGGAAUGCUCGAAGGACUACGACAUGUGGCCGUUAUAUAUCUUAGGCCUAUUAUUCGGCCUACCCAAAUAUCCGGUUAGCCAAUAUUUGACUAUUUCAUUCCGAGGCUUAGGAUUUAACGUUAUCCAUACGAACCUGCUUUCGAUUCCGAAUGUCGUCGGUUCUAGUAUAACUAUGUUACUCAUCACCGCCUUGAGCGAGUUGGUGAAUAAUAGGAGUUUCGUGUCGAUGGCAGAAGACCUCUGGCUGUUACCUUGCUUUGCUGCUUUGAUAGCUUUACCGGAUCCGAUCGGUUCUUGGGUGUACUUCGCUAUAGCGACUGUCCUAUUAUCUUUCCCAUACACCCAUCCUAUUCAAGUCGCAUGGACAAGCCGAAACGCAGGAUCAGUUCAGAAUCGAACGGUUUCAGCUGCUAUAUACAACAUGUGGGUUCAAGUCAGUGGGAUGAUAGGGGCAAACAUAUAUCAAUCCUCCGACGCCCCGCGAUACUUCAAAGCAAACAAGGGCUUGCUAGUGAUUUGUGUAUGGAUGUGUGUUGUACAAUAUCCUGGCACAUACUUCUACUACCGCUGGAGGAAUAAUUCCAAGGCGAAGAAAUGGGACGUUAUGACCCCGGAAGAACAGGAGGAGUAUAGAAAGAGCACGACCGACGAGGGUAAUAAACGGCUUGACUUCCGUUUCGCUACGUAG